AUGAAGGUACUGACACCAGAAUCUUUCAAAAAAAGUCAAUUAAAAAAACAUUUAGAUAAUGUUCAUUCGCAACUAAGUUCUAAACCGCGAGAAUACUUCCCAAAUUUGGAGAUAUCCAUUAAAAGGCAAAGAUUGAAUUGCAACUUGUAUGGUAACUUUGAUCAGCGUUCAGCAUCAAGGGCUAGCUUGGAAGUAGCUUGGUUAAUCGCUCGAAAUAAAAAACCAUACACUAUCGGUGAAGACUUGGUUAAACCAGCUGCUGUCAAAAUGGCAGAGAUUAUGUGUGGUCAAAAGGAAGCGAAGAAACUAAACUCAGUGCCGUUGUCUGCGAGAAUUGUGAAAGAGAGAAUUUCUGUAUUAGCAGAAAAUGUGAAUGAGCAAGUAGUUUUUGCAUUAAGACAGGCAAAAUAUUUUGCUAUUCAGCUAGAUGAGACAACGGAUUUUAGUAGCAAUUCACAACUGAUGGUAUAUGUUCGCUACAAAGGUGUGGAUAAUUUUGAAGAGGAAUUGCUGUUUUGCUCUCCUCUCGAGUUGAGAUGUCGUGGAAUAGAUAUUUAUAAUAAGGUCAACGAUUACUUCAAACCGCAAUGCUUAAAAUGGGAAAACGGUAUCUUUGGAUGGAGCUCCAGCUAUGUUGGGUCAUAUUAA